AUGGCUCCUGUAACAGUGGAGCGCGUUGAGUCGCCCGUCACCGUCAGGGCCUACCUGAUGUGUGCCUUCGCCGCCUUCGCCGGUAUCUUGUUCGGUUACGAUUCUGGUUACAUCAACGGUGUCAUGGGCACCGAGGUCUUCAAGCAGGAGUUCGGCAGAUUCACUGGUGUCACAGAUGACAACACCCGUGGCUACAGUAUUCCCUCGGGCACUCAGUCGCUCAUUGUUUCCAUCCUCUCUGCCGGUACCUUCUUCGGUGCUCUCUUCUCUGGUGCCCUCGCCGAUUGGAUCGGUCGCAGAACCACCAUCAUCACCGGCUGUGGUGUCUUCUCGGUCGGUGUCAUCCUCCAGGUUGCCUCGACCUCGGUCCCUCUCAUCGUCGUCGGCCGUUUGGUCGCAGGUGUGGGUGUCGGUUUCGUCUCGGCCAUCAACAUUUUGUACAUGUCCGAGGUCGCUCCCCGCAAGGUUCGCGGUGCCAUCGUUUCGUGCUACCAGUUCGCCAUUACCAUCGGUCUCAUGCUUGCCUCAAUCGUCACGUACGCCUGCCGCAACUACCAGAACACUGGCGCCUACAGAAUCCCUAUUGCUAUCCAGUUUGCCUGGGCCAUCAUCCUCUCGGUCGGUCUCUUCCUCUUGCCCGAGUCUCCUCGCUACUACGUCAAGAAGCAGCAGCUUGACAGGGCUGCCAAGGCUCUUGGUCGCGUUCGUGGCCAGCCUGCCGACAGCGCCUACAUUGUCGAUGAGCUCGCCGAGAUCCAGGCCAACUUCGAGUACGAGAUGUCUGUUGGCCAAGUCAGCUGGUUGGGCAUGUUCUCUGGUGGCAUCACCAACCGCAACUCCAACAUCCGCAAGGUCUUCAUCGGUGUCACCCUCCAGAUGAUGCAGCAGUGGACCGGUGUCAACUUCAUCUUCUACUUCUCGACCUCCUUCUUCAAGUCCAUCGGCAUCGAGAACGCCUUCCUCAUCUCUAUGAUCACCACCAUCGUCAACGUCUGCUCCACUCCUCUGUCCUUCUGGACCAUCGAGCGCUUCGGUCGUCGCCCGCUCCUGAUCUACGGUGCCAUCGGUAUGUGCGUCUGCGAGUGGAUCGUCGGCAUCACGGGCACCGCCGACGCCGGCUCCCGCGCCUCCCAGAUCGUCCUCAUCCUCUUCACAUGCAUCUAUAUUUCCUUCUUCGCAUCGACAUGGGGCCCUACCGCCUGGGUUUCAAUCGGAGAGAUCUUCCCUCUUCCCAUCCGCAGCAAGGGUGUCGCCAUGUCCACCGCCUCGAACUGGUUCUGGAAUUGCGUGAUCGCGGUCAUCACCCCCUACCUCGUCGGCGAGCAGGAGGCCAACCUUGGACCCAAGGUCUUCUUCCUCUGGGGUUCCACUUGCGCAGUCUGCAUUGUCUUCGCCUACUUCUUCGUGCCCGAGACCAAGGGAUUGUCGCUCGAACAGGUUGACAAGAUGAUGUCCGAGGUGUCCGCCCGCAAGUCAGCCGGCUGGGUUCCUCACGACACUUUCGCCCAGGAGAUGGGCAAGGACUCUUCUGCUCUUGAGGAGGUCAUCCACGAGUCAAAGGUCUAA